CCGGCAAGGACGCCUCAAGGGCGGCCGCCGUCCCCAGGGAAGGAGACCCGCCGCGGCCAUGGCCUCCUCCAGACCACUGUCCCGCUUCUGGGAAUGGGGCAGGAACAUCGUCUGCGUGGGGCGCAACUACGCCGAGCAUGCCAAGGAGAUGGGGAGCACGCUGCCCCGGGAGCCCCUCUUCUUCCUCAAGCCUUCCUCGGCCUAUGUGCGGGAAGGCUCACCCAUCCUCCGGCCCUACUACUGCAAGAACCUGCACCACGAAGUGGAGCUGGGGGUGGUGAUCGGGAAGAGAGCCCAGGCCGUGUCCCAGGAGGCCGCCAUGGAGCAUGUGGCGGGCUAUGCCCUGUGCUUGGACAUGACGGCCAGGGACACCCAGGAGGAGUGCAAAAAGAAGGGUCUGCCCUGGACCUUGGCCAAGGGCUUCGGUUCGUCGUGCCCGGUCAGUGACUUCGUGCCCAAGGAGAAGAUCCCGGACCCUCACAAGCUGAAGAUCUGGCUCAAGGUGAACGGAAAGCUGAGGCAGGAGGGGGAGACCUCCUCCAUGAUCUUCUCCAUCCCUUAUCUGAUCAGCUACAUCAGCGAAGUAUUCACCCUGGAAGAAGGGGACUUGAUUCUGACAGGGUCUCCCCAAGGAGUCGGGUCUGUGGAGGCCAACGAUGAGAUAGAGGCUGGGAUAAGAGAUGUCCUCUCCAUGCGGUUUAAAGUGGCGCAGCAAACACGUAGAUCCUAACCGAGAGCAUGGCUGGGACCCUGUCUGC